AUGGCUUAUGUACUGAUUGCUUUAGCAGCCGCCGUGCUAGCUCUUUUUGCAUACCCUGUCUUCGAAUACUAUCUUGACGCCAAAAACUUGCGACGCUUUCCGGCUCCCAGUGUUGCAGCUUUCACCGACCUUUGGGCUCUUCGUUACCACUGGACAAACUCGCGGUACAAAGCAGUCCAUGAAGCACACGCUGCACUAGGCCCAGUAGUAAGGAUCCAACCGAAUCAUGUCUCCUUCACAGACCCACGAGCACUGAAAGACAUCUAUGGCCAUGGGUCCUCGAUCAUGAAAAGUGAAUAUUAUGACAACGUCGCUGGUGAUUACCACGACGUUGCCAAUGCCACAGAUCGAGCCGAACACUCCAGAAAGAGGCGGAUCAUGAGCCACGUCUUCAGCCAGAAGCAGAUACUCACCAUGGAGCAAGUGAUCAACAAUAUCUUGGUGAACUUGGUUGAGGCUCUCGACAACAGGCUUUCCCAAGACAUUGACAUCCGAUACUGGUUCAAUCUCUUCACCUUCGACGCCAUAUCAAGUUUGGCAUUCACGCAAUCCUUCGAUUUCCUUCGACAAGGUGAUGACUUGACCCUGGGUCAGAGGGAAAAUGGAAGCACGUAUCCCGUCAAAAUUGUGAAGACAUUCCACGACGCAGUGUCUUAUGCUUCAUUCAUGGGCCACGCUCGGCCCGGCCUUUCGGCUUUCAUUCGAAGGUUCUUCACGUUCGUGCAGUCAUCUUCAAGCAGAGCGAUCGAAGACUUUGGAGCUGUAUGCAUGUACAAGACCAAUCAGAGGCUGCGUAAUGGCACAGACCGAGGUGACUUUCUGUCCAAGCUGGAGGAGAUUCCAAAAGGUCAAAGCGAACCGAUUCCCCAUGGCGAGGUGCUUGCCGAAGCGGCUAUCAUGCUGAAUGCCGGAAGCGAUACAACAGCCAGCGCCUUGACAAACACCUUUUGGCUUCUAGCCAAGCACCCGGAGGCAUUGAAGAAGCUGAGAGCUGAGCUUGACUUGAUCAUGGACGAGUCCAAUAUCCAGCCGCAUUUCGACAUGUUGAUGGCAUCGCCAUAUCUUCGAGCAUGUUUGGACGAAUCUUUGCGACUUCGACCACCAGUCGCAAUUGGUCUUCCAAGGGUCACGCCAAAGGAGGGUUCCGAGAUUUGUGGCUAUUAUAUCGCUGGAAAUGUAACGGUGUCUGCCCCUAUACUUGAACUGCAGCGACACCCGGGACUUUUCCGCAACCCCGACAGCUAUGACCCAGAUCGAUGGUUUGACGAACAGCAACUGCCGAACCUGCGUGAGUAUGUUCAACCAUUUUCAAUCGGUGGACGAGCUUGCAUUGGUCGCAAUCUGGCAAUGAUAGAGCUUACUAAAGUGAUUGCGACGGUUGUUAACAGGUACGACGUGGAAUUGGCGUCACCUGAUCGCGAAUUGCCAUUCGUCGAAAGAUUCAACAUGAAUCCUGGUGACUGUCAUGUUAGGCUCUCAAGAAGGAUCCGGACUUGA